GAAAGAUGUCCAAGAGAGUAAGAGUAUUCAGAAGAAACUUGUGAGGCAAUUAAAUGAUAUAGAACUUUUUAAGGAGUUGGGUAUGAUAGAAGAAAUACAAACAGAAAUGAUAACAAGGCAGAUUAAAGGAUUAACUAUACUUAGUAAUUCAGAAAGUCAUGCUCUAGAAGGUAAUAUACAUUUUGAGGAAAAAAAGCUGGAGAUCUAA